AUGUCUAGUAAUCCUUUCCUUGAACAAGUGAGGUCUUCAUUCCAACGUUCGAGAUCUUCGAACGCAGGGCCAUCUUUGCAACCAAACCGGGUGAUCUCUGAAAUUCAGAAUCGUCUAGAAAGAGAGUUAGCAACUGCAAAAGAGCAAGCCAUUGCCACAUUUGAAGGUCUUGCUAUCCACACUGACCUCCCAGGGUCUUCACCUUCAAAUUCGGAAUCAAGUUCAGACCAAGAAGAAGAAGAGAUGGCUGCCAAUGAGUUCAUGGGAGACCUUGAUAUCCCAACAAUUCCAGCAUCCCCUUCAAGCAUCUUGCUGCCCACCGCAGCUCGAAACUAUGAGCUUAAAUCUUCUCAUCUUAAUAUGCUCCCUUCUUUUUAUGGUUUACCUAAUGAAGAUCCAUUAACUCAUAUAAAGGAUAUUUUUAAUGUUGUGAGCUCUUUUCCCUUGACAGGUGUGACGGAAGAGCAACUUCGAAUGAGAGUGUUUCCUUACACUUUGAAAGAUAAGGCGAAAUAUUGGUUGAAUUCUUUGAAGCCUGGUUCACUCAUGACUUGGGGAGCCAUUCAAAAGAAGUUCUUGGAGAAAUAUUUCUCCACGCAAAAAACUGACAUGCUUAGGGACAAGAUCCUUCUAUUUGCACAACAAGAUGAUGAGUCGUUUUGUCAAGCAUGGGAGAGAUUCAACGGGCUGCUCAAUCAAUGUCCUCAUCAUGGGAUUCCAUUGAAGCUUCAGAUGCGUAUGUUUUAUAAAGGACUAACCCCCUGUAGCCAUAAUAUUGUCACUAAUUUUGCAGGUGGUUCUUAUAAGACUAAAACUCCAGAAGAAACAUAUGAACUCUUUGAGGAGAUAGCAAUGGAGACCCAACACACCGAUACAAGAGGUAAACGUAUUGCUGGUGGUUCUAAUGAUUCUUCCAGUGUGCAGAUUUCCAAAUUGGAACAAAAGCUAGAUGCCCUCCUUGCAUUGAACUCAAGAAACCCUUUGAAGGAAGUGUGUAGCAUCUGUGAAACUCAUGAUCAUCCUACCAUUUCUUGUCCCUUUGGGGCUGCAUAUCCAGAAUUUGUGCAAGAGCAAGCUAAGUUGGUGAAUUCCUACAACCGAGGUCCAAUAAAUGACCCAUAUUCUCAAAGUUAUAAUCCAGGUUGGAGGAAUCAUCCAAACUUUUCAUGGAGGAAUACACAGAAUCAAGCGAAUCCCCCUUCACUCCAAAGGCCACAACAAUCAUCAUCGUUGGAGGAUAUAGUGAAGCAAAUGGCAAUCAACCAAAACAAUUUCCAGCAAACAACACAAGCUGCCAUCUCCAAGUUGGAAGUCCAAUUGGGCCAGAUAGCUACUGAAAUAGCUCAAAGAGAACCUGGGAAAUGGCCAAGUCAAACCGUGAUCAAUCCAAAAAACCAAGAAGCCAAGGCCGUUCAUGUGCUCAGAUCAGGUAAGAUUGUUGAUAACAAAGUUGGUUCUGAUCUAUCAAAUGAUGUUGUGGUUGUAGAGGAUGAAGAUGAGAGGAAACCACAGCUAUGGAAGGAGAACAACCCAAAACAUAGAUACAUCCCACCUCCUCCAUAUAUUCCACCGAUUCCAUUUCCAGGCCGUUUGAAGAAAGCAAAUCAAGAUAAGGCUUUUAAAGAGAUUUAUGAUAUUUUGAGUAAAGUUAAUAUCAAUUUGCCCUUGCUUGAUGUUGUUAAACAGAUUCCUGCAUAUGGAAAGUUCAUCAAGCACUUGAUGACUCACAAGCUCAAUUUUACUCCAAGUGAAGAAGUAAAGCUCAACAAGAAUGUGAGUGCUGUGUUGCAAAGGAAGCUUCCAUCAAAACUAGAAGAUCCUGGCAGCUUUAACAUUCCCAUUAACAUCGGAGAUAAGACGGUUGGAAGAGCCAUGUUGGACUUGGGAGCAAGCAUCAAUGUAAUGCCAUAUUCAGUUUAUCAGGCGCUUGGCUUAGAAGGGAUAAAGAAAACCUCAAUUCGUCUUGAACUAGCUGAUCAUUCUAUCAAAUAUCCAAAAGGUAUUGUAGAAGAUAUUUUAGUUCAAGUUAAUACACUCAUUCUUCCGGCUGAUUUUGUAGUGAUGGAUAUGGAGGAUACCCCAUAUGAAGACUGUGUUGAUCCCAUUCUCCUCGGGCGACCAUUCAUGGCCACUGCAGACACAAUCAUCAAAGUGAAAGAUGGCACCCUCUCCAUGACUGUUUUGGGUGAAACUGUUGAAUUUAAAGUGUUUGAUGCUCUGUCUCAACCUUCUAUCACUCUUGAUACUUGUUUUUCAAUUGAUGUUGUGGAUCAUGAGGUUUCUUCUAAAAUUGUGCAGAAAAAGUCUAAUGAUGCUUUGGAAGCGGUCCUAACACAAGAAGAGGAAGAUCUCUUUGAAUCAGAGUUCCAAGAAGUGAUGGCUGCCUUAGAAGUGUUUCAGCCAUACCCACCAUCCUUUAGGCCACCACUUGAGCCUCUUGUAUCAUCCUCCACAAAAUUGGAGCCAUCCAUUAUCACCCCACCAAAGCUAGAACUUAAACCUCUACCCAAUCAUCUUAAAUAUACUUAUUUGGGUGCUAAUAAAACUCUCCCUGUUAUAAUUGCUACAAGUCUCACUUCACAUGAAGAGGACAGCUUAAUUGAAGUUCUGAAAGAACAUAAAACAGCCCUUGGAUGGACCAUAGCAGACAUCAAAGGAAUUAGUCCAAGCAUGUGCAUGCACCGAAUUUUAAUGGAAGAAGACAGCAAACCAUCUCGUGAUGCACAAAAGAGGCUAAAUCCCAAUAUGAAAGAGGUGGUUAGGGCUGAAGUUUUGAAGCUACUCGAUGUGGGAAUCAUCUACCCAAUUUCAGAUUCUAAGUGGGUGAGUCCUGUGCAAGUGGUUCCAAAGAAGUCCGGAAUCACCGUUGUAAAGAAUGAGAAGAAUGAGCUAGUUCCAACACGCACUAUCACUGGUUGGAGAGUUUGCAUUGAUUACAGGAAGUUGAACACAUCCACGAGAAAAGAUCAUUUUCCCUUGCCUUUUAUUGAUCAAAUGCUUGACCGUUUAUCUGGCCAUGCUUACUACUGUUUUCUUGAUGGAUUUUCAGGUUAUAAUCAAAUUCCCAUUGCUCCGGAAGACCAGGAGAAAACCACGUUCACAUGCCCAUUUGGUACAUUUGCUUAUAGAAGGAUGCCAUUUGGUUUGUGCAAUGCUCCAGCAACUUUCCAAAGAUGCAUGAUGGCAAUCUUUUCUGAUAUGGUGGAACGAUUCAUGGAGGAAACAAAUCUGAUUUUGAAUUGGGAGAAGUGUCACUUCAUGGUAAGACAAGGAAUUGUGCUAGGCCAUGUUGUUUCAAACAAGGGAAUUCAAGUGGACAAAGCCAAAAUAAAUAUCAUCACAAAUCUACCACCCCCUUCCUCUGUUAAAGGAGUUAGAAGUUUUCUGGGUCAUGCUGGAUUCUAUAGAAGGUUCAUAAAAAAUUUUUCAAGCAUUUCAAGACCAUUGUGUAAUCUCCUUGCUAAGGAUGCUGUUUUUGAGUUUGACGAGAUUUGCAUGGAAGCCUUUACGACUUUGAAGAAAGAGCUAACUUCAGCCCCUAUUAUCAUAGCUCCAGAUUGGUCUUUACCAUUUGAAAUAAUGUGUGAUGCCUCUGACUUUGCUAUUGGUGCAGUUUUAGGUCAAAAGAAGAACAAGCUUCCCCAUGUGAUUCAUUAUGCGAGCCGGACCUUGAAUGAUGCCCAACUCAAUUACUCCACAAUCGAAAAGGAGUUGCUUGCUGUGGUUUUUGCUUUAGAAAAAUUUCGCCCUUACCUUGUUGGUUCUAAAGUAAUUGUUUAUUCUGACCAUGCUGCUCUUAGAUACUUGCUCACUAAGAAGGACGCCAAACCUCGCUUGAUCAGAUGGAUUCUCUUGCUGCAAGAGUUCGAUUUGGAGAUUCGAGACAAGAAGGGAUGUGAAAAUGUGGUGGCUGACCAUUUGAGCAGAAUUGCGGUUGAAGAGCAAGGAAAAGCUGUACUACCAUUGAAUGAGACUUUCCCAGAUGAACAACUAUAUGUUGCCCAAGUCAAAGAGCCAUGGUAUGCUGAUUUUGUUAAUUAUCUUGCUUGUGGUGUUCUUAGAAAUGAUCUAACUUAUCAGGACAAAAAGAAGUUCUUUUCCAUGGUGAAACAUUAUGUCUGGGAUGAACCUUUCUUAUUCAAGCAUUGCCCAGAUCAACUCAUUAGAAGAUGUGUUCCAGAAGAAGAACAAGAAAGCAUCCUUAGGCAUAGCCACGAAUUGGCUUGUGGAGGCCACUUUGGAGCCAAGAAAACAGCACUUAAAAUUUUGCAAUCAGGUUUCUUUUGGCCUACUCUAUUUAAAGAUGCAUUUAAUUUUUGUGUUAAGUGUGAUAGGUGUCAAAGGAUGGGAAACAUAAGCCGCAGGAACGAACUGCCAUUGAAGAACAUACUCUUUGUGGAACUCUUCGAUGUAUGGGGUAUUGAUUUCAUGGGACCAUUCCCAUCUUCCUUUGGUUAUACCUACAUACUUGUUGCUGUUGAUUAUGUGUCUAAAUGGGUGGAAGCCAUAGCCACCAAAACCAAUGAUCAUAAGGUGGUCCUGAAGUUCUUGAGGGACAAUAUUUUCACAAGGUUUGGUACUCCAAGGGCUGUCAUUAGUGAUGGAGGCAGCCACUUUUGCAACAAGCUAUUUGAAGCACUCAUGAAGAAGUACAAUAUCACCCACCGAGUCUCUACACCAUAUCAUCCUCAAACUUCUGGUCAAGUAGAAAUAAGCAACAGAGAAAUUAAGCAUAUCCUAGAGAAGGUGGUGAAUAGUACAAGGAAAGAUUGGGCUGCCAAGCUCAAUGAUGCAUUAUGGGCUUAUAGGACUGCAUAUAAAACUCCCAUCGGAAUGAGCCCUUAUCGUCUUGUGUUUGGGAAAGCCUGUCACUUGCCAAUGGAGCUUGAACACAAUGCUUUUUGGGCCAUCAAGAAGUUGAAUUUUGAUCUGGACAAGGCCGGCCAUGUUAGAAAGUUUCAGCUCAAUGAAUUGGAAGAAAUUCGACAUGAGUCCUAUGAGAAUGCAAAGCUAUACAAAGAACAUACCAAGAGUUACCAUGAUAGGAACAUUCAACGGAAAGAAUUCACCAAAGGUAUGUCAGUUCUUUUGUUUAACUCACGUUUGCGUCUCUUUCCAGGAAAAUUGAAGUCUAGGUGGCUUGGCCCAUUCACCGUGGUCAAUGUAUCUCCCUAUGGAGCUGUGGAGAUUCAAAAUCCUAAAGAUGGCUCGACUUUCAAAGUAAAUGGACAACGUUUAAAGCCAUUCUAUGAGGGAGUGUCAGUUGGAAUUCAAACUGGUCAUGUGGUGGAUCAUCUUCCCUUCGUACAAUCAAGUUAGCUAAUGGCAUAAUGUCUUGCCAAGACAUUAAAGGCGCUUCUUGGGAGGCAACCCAUGUGUUGAAGAAUAAGGUGCUUGGUAGCGGUCGACCUAAUCGCAUCAAGAGGGAGUUUCUCUAAUACUUUGUCUUAAACUUUCCCCUUAUUAUUCACAUGUUCUCACUCAUCUUUGUUAUGCUUUAACAUUGAGGACAAUGUUCAAUUCAGGUCUGGGGGGGAGGUUUUCAAUUUUUGUUCAUUUGUGUUUACAAUUUUUGUUCAUUUGCGUUCGCUUGUCACUAUUUUUUUUAUUUAUUUUAAAACAAUUUCAUACAACCAAUGCUAUGGAGCUGCCAUUGAGAUUUUCAUUUCAGAAAUUUUACACUUCACAAAGCUUUUGCUCUUAGAAUUCUGGUGGCUAAAGUACCAUGCUCAGAUUCUUGAAGGAGAAUAGUGGAGACUACCCUAGUGAGCUGUUUCGAGCCUAAUUGCUUUCUUGAGAGGGUUUAAAGUGUUUCUAUUCCUCAUCUCUACUUAUUUUCUUCAAUUCACUCUAAAUGAUCUCAUUGUUCCAUUUUGAUUGAAUACUAAGGAUGAUUCUCUUUGCAGAUAUCAGGUGCGUGCUCUCACCCAUGAAUGAACUCAUUGAAGUGAUGCUAGGCUCUGCGUGUAUAACCAUUUUCUGUGCUUUCUUUUCACCCUACCCAUUCGUGUGUUCCAUCAGCUCUCUUGCAGCCAAACACUACAAGCCUUUUUCUUCUAUCACCCUCAUAAUUCCCCUAACUUUGUAUCUCAAUCAGAGAUAUUUAACCUAUUAUAGCCAUACCCUAUAGCUUAGAAAUAUACCAAGGUGUGCGAAGAUAAAGUUUGAAGCAAGGAGGUUGCUGCCACAUGCCCAAAUGUAAAUUGGUGUGAAUCUAUGCAAUAAAGUUAAAGAAGAAGUAGAUCAAGUCAAAAAAAAAAAAAAAAGAAAGAUAAAGAGAAAGUGUUUCGAUUUGAUCUAAAUGUGAAAUAUAAAGUCUAUGCCAGAUGAUGCUAUGAAGUUGCAGCCAUACUAUUCUAAAUCAAUGAUACCUUGCAGAUCAAUGAAGAAUGCAACCUUGGUAUGUUCUUAAGUUAGUUGUGUUCCUUCCAAUUCUUCCACUUCCCUUAACCUUAGCCUUUCAUUACAACCUUGUGAAAGACCUAGCUGAUCUUUGAGGAUGUAUUCAUGGGUGCUGGUAUGUAUGUGUGUAUCUCUACUCUUAGUAUUUGAUUCCCUUCAUGAGAUCUAACCAAAUAUUGUGCUUCUAUUUCAUAUACUCACUUAUGCUUGUUUGACAGAAUAAAACCAUAGGUUCUGAGUGAUUGAGUGCUAGAUGUGAGAAUUAGAGUUGAAGCAUGUUCUUCCUUCAAGAUUUGAGUAUGUUUACUUUGAAGCCGUGUGCCUUUGAGCUAUAGCUUCCACUUUACACACUUAUUGAUCAUCUAUCUUGGUAACUCUAUGGUGUUGGAUGCAUGAUUAAAGUUUUCUUUCAUUAGUUGUUUUCAAAGUUAGUUUUCUAACCUUUUGGUGUUAGAGAGUCAGUAAAGCAUUUGUGGGUAUCGUUUCUGUUAAACCCUCAGGAGACACAACUCUUCCGAUUAGGGAUGCCGAGAGGUUUAAAGGCUUGUUGCAUAUGCACAUUGCAAUCGAGUUACCUACAGAAGUGGUUUAGUUAACUUCUUGUUUUGUUUUCAACUUUAUUCUCUUUUGUUUUGCUCGAGGACUAGCAAAAUCUAGGUCUGGGGGUAUUUGAUCAGUUCACAAUUGUAUAUCAUUUUGUACCCUUCUAGCUUAUGAUUUGGUUAUGUUAUUGAGUCAAACGUGUGCUUUUAAUCCCUUUUCUGUUUAUCAUUCAGUUCAUUGGGCCUUAGGUAGCAAUGGUGUCUUUGGAUAAGAAAAGAUGCAAAAUGGUGCAAAAACGAGCAAACUGGGUUAGCAACUCAUUUCGGCCUUAACAUCUUUCUCCGAACUUGGAUUGGCCCAAAUAAUAUGUAGUUGGAAAGAUGAGAGUCUGAACUUCAAGAUGGACUACUCAAAUGCAUCAUAUUAUGAAGUUGAACCCAAUUCGUGAGCCCAUAUACACACCAGGCUCAGGAUUGCAGUUUCCAGUUGUUGAGCCUUGGAUACUUUCUUUGAGCCAUGUGACUCACCACAGCUUUCCUUGACUUUAGACCUGACAUGUUGAGCAAUUAAGGGAGGUCUGUCAGCUACUCAAGUGCAGAGGAGAGCCAUGUGACUCACCACAGCUUUCCUUGACUUUAGACCAGACAUGUUGAGCAAUUUAGGGAGCAAUUAAGGGAGGUGUGUCAGCUACUCAAGUGCAAAGGAGCCUUGACUUUAGACCAGACAUGUUGAGCAAUUUAGGGAGCAAUUAAGGGAGGUGUGUUAGCUACUCAAAGGCAAAGGAUUCACUCAAUUGACCAAUAAUUCACUCCAGCCAUCCUAUAUCACUCCAUUCAGCCCAAAAUCAGGAGGAGGAACAACUCCAACAAGCCUUCCUUCCAUUUCCUACGAAUUUGUUCUUUCUCUGCCAUCACCAACCACCCAAACUCAUCCCGAAUCACCUCUUUAGUUGCCAUACUCUAGACAUGAGAAAGUUCUUGGAGUAGCAUUAGAAGUGGAGAAGCACCUGGAGAAGCCUUGGAAACCACAAGCAACUUCAGAAUUGGGUUUCUCUACUCUUAUUGCAUUCAAUAUGUUUUCUCAUUUUUGCUUAAGUUUCAUUUCCAUUAUGAGUAGCUAAAUUCAUAACUAGGGCUAUGAUGUAACCUAACAUGAAUAUUCUGGGUUUAUAAGUUGAAGUUUUGAGUUUCAAGUUUGAUUCAUGAUU